GAGGACGUUAAAAUGUCACCGUUAAAGCGAGGUGUAAGAGCUGUGUGAGUUACUGAGUGAAGUGUGUGAAGUCUUGGAGGUUUCCGAGGUGAUGGAGACCGACUCGGUCAGGCUGGAGUCGAGUGUGUGGCUCGGGAAUAAGCGGCACCGCGCGCUGCUCAGCGGCUGGCGCUUCAGCUGGACCGAGCUGGACAAGAAGAACCGAGACAAGAACACCGUUUCAGUGCCCGUCUCUGAGGUGGUUGCAGUAAUGGAGGGCCAGGUGCAGAUCCAGCCCCAGAAGAAAGUGGAGGACACCGACCGAGACUUCACCUUGUUCUACGUAAAGCGCAGUAGUACCAGUAGUGGGAAGGGGCCAUUGUGGAGCCUGGGCAGGUCUCAGUUCUGUUGCCCCAGCCGUGACCUCAGGGAUCAGUGGGUGACACAACUCCGUAUCGCACUCAAAACUCACUGUCCCUCUCGCCCUCACAGGUUGUUAGUGUUCAUUAACCCGUACGGAGGGAAGAAAAAAGCGAAGCAGAUCUAUCACUCUUCAGUGGCUCCUCUAUUUGAGCUGGCUGGCAUCAGCUCUCAUGUUGUGGUGACCGAGAGAGCCAAUCAGGCAAGAGACCACAUCCUGAAGAAAGAUCUGACUGGGUUUGAUGGCGUGAUUUGUGUAGGAGGAGAUGGAAUGUUCAGUGAGCUGCUGCACGGUGUGAUUGGACGAACCCAGCAGGAGGCGGGUAUUUUAGAACACGACCCAUCUGUGAUGCUGCAGCCGUGCGACCUCCACAUCGGCAUCAUUCCAGCAGGCUCCACAGAUUGUGUUUGUUUUGCUACAGUAGGUGUGAACGAUCCGGUUACAUCAGCACUGCACAUCAUUAUUGGAGACUCUCAGCCUCUGGACGUGUGUUCUGUCCAUCAUCAUUCCACACUGGCGCGUUAUUCUGUCUCACUGGUGGGCUACGGUUUCUAUGGCGACGUCUUGGCUGAGAGUGAGAGGCACCGCUGGAUGGGACCUCUCCGAUACGACUACUCGGGUUGUUUAGUGUACCUGUGCAACAGGAGCUAUCAGGGAAUAGUGCAGUAUCUACCUGCGGACUCCCAGAUCUCCAGCCCCAGAGACAACAGUCGCUGCUUGUCAGGGUGCAGAGUGUGUUCAGAGAGCACAGAGAGACUGUUCCCUCACUCAGACAGCUGCAGCUCACUGUACAGCAGGCAGCUCAGACAGGACAGCAUCGAGUCCGAGGAUGAGUGGUUGAGUGUUGAGGGCAGAUUCAGGUGCGUCUCCCUCACCUGCAUGUCCAGCUCAUGCCCACGGAGCCCCAAAGGUCUCUCACCUUCAGCACACCUGGCUGACGGGACAGGUGACCUCAUCCUGGUGAGGAACACCAACCCCCUGGGUUUCCUCACAUACUUGCACAGACACACCACUACACAGGAUCAGUUUGACCUGCCCUUUGUCGAGGUGCACCGGGUCAAGGCAGCGCGCUUUUCCUUUAUUGCCGAUGAGGAGGAGAAUGAGGAGAAGUUGAAAGAAAGCCGAAAAAUCACAGCAGGUGUAAUGGGGGAUCCUGGGAGUGUGUGUGACGGAGACCUCGAGCCCUGCAGGCUAGGCUCCCAGCAAUGCCUUGCAGAAAAGGAGAAGGAACAAGGGAUAAAGGAUGAAGGAAGGAAGAAGAGAAAUUAUCUGUGUGGGCUGUGCUCCAGUACACGGUCUGCUGCAUCCGUGUGGAACUGUGAUGGAGAGAUUCUACCGUACACUGAAAUCUUAUGCAGAGUACAUGGUCAGCUGGUGCGCUUGUUUGCUCGGGGCAUCGAGGAGGACAUAGUCUCCCGGAAAAACCGUGAGGGAAACAGAAAUUGCAAACGAUGCUUUUUACACAACUAAUGCACUUAACCAUAGAAACUAUAUAAAAUAAAAAUUCUUAUUUAAAUUAUACACUACAGUACAAUAUUGCAAUAAACUAUU